ACAUCUCAGCUCACGCUCUUUCCGCAAGAGGGCUUGUUUGUCUCGGAGGCGAUGGCGAUGGCGCGCGCCCAUGCGAGCAAGCUGAUGGCAAAGGCCCAGGAGCUGCGGGAAGAGGCGCUGGAGAGAGCCGAGCGCGUGAAGGACCAGGUGGUGGCGGCGGCGCAGGCGGCGAAGGCUUCGGCGGAGCGGCGCGUGGAGGUGCUGCAGCUGAGGGCGCUGAAGAUGGCCAAGGAGCUCCGUGCCGAAGGCCUGCGCCCCUUCCUGGCCCAGAAGGCCGCGCUGCUGGGCGCCUUUGCGGCGGCCCGGCGCCGAGCGCUGCACGCGGCGCUCGCCGCGCGCUACGCGGAGGUCCGCGGCAAGGCCCAGGAGGCCUUGGUGGCAGCCAAGACCAAGGCUAGCCAGGCAUCGGAGCAGGCCAAGGCGGCGGCCAAGGACGGCCAGGUGCGCGCCACCUGCGCGGGCGCCGCCACGGGCGCCUGCACCUUGGGCGGCGUGGGCGGCGCCACGGGGCUGGCGGCGGGGGCCGCGGUGGGCGCCGGCCUGGGCGUGGUGCCAGCCCUUUUCACCUUUGGCCUGUCCAUCCCCUUGGGUGCUGCCCUUGGGGGCUUCACCGGGCUCACGGUGGGCUGCGGCGUGGGUGUGGCCAGCGGCUCCGUGUCUGGGGCGGCGUGUGGCUACAAGGCCUACAAGCACGGGGACGACAUCCAGGAGAUCCGUUCCCGGGCCAUCAGCCGAGUCUCCUCGGGCGUGGACGUGGUGCGGCUCCAGGCCGCGGCGUCCAUGGACUUUGUGAAGUCCCGGGCCUCAUCCAUGCGCCAGCGCUUCGCCGCCUGA